AUGGCAAGUUCAUCGAGACUACCUAAGCACAAUUGGACUAAAGAGGAAGAGGAAGGCCUCAUCGAGAGCCUCAUGGAGUUAGUCAAUGCUGGUGGGUUGAGGUCCGACAACGAGACGUUUCGACUCGGGUACCUAAAUCAGCUGGCGAGAAUGAUGGCCUUCAAGAUCCCAGGUUCUAAUGUCCAUGCUUCAACGAUCGAUAGCCGAAUAAAAUUGUUGAAGAGAAUGUUUCAUUCAAUCGCGGAUAUGCGUGGCCCAACUUGCAGUGGAUUUAGGUGGAAUGAUGAACAAAAAUGCAUCGUCGCAGAGAAAGAAGUCUUUGACAAUUGGGUCAAGAGUCAUCCGGCAGCCAAAGGCCUCCUUAAUAAGUCGUUUCCCCACUAUGACGAACUGUCGUAUGUGUUUGGCAAAGAUCGUGCAACGGGAGGCCGGGUCGAGAGUUCUGCAGACGUUAGGUCAAAUGAUUCUGCUGGGUACGAGUCAUUUGCUGCUGACUUUGCGCCGAAUACAGACUUCCAGCCUAUGUACAGGUCAAGGAUUGAACAUGUCGCCUGA